UUUUUUUAAUAAAUGAAGUCUAAAUUUUUAUUGGGUUUUGCAAUUUCCCUUAUCUCUUCAACCGCUUAUAAAUGCAGCAAUCAGCCUCAACAAUUCCCCAUCAAUCCCUUCUACUUCUAGGCUUCUAGCACAUAAAAUUGUAUAGAGCUUUAAAAGAAAACAAACAAAAAAAAAAUCGAGAAUUUAUUCAGAGUUCUAUCAUGGCUGCAUCUUACUCAGUCCCUUCAAUGAUUAUGGAGGAGGAAGGGAGGUUCGAAACGGAAGUGGCGGAGGUGCAAUCGUGGUGGAACUCGGAGCGGUUCAGGCUGACGCGCCGCCCCUACUCCGCCCGCGACGUGGUGGCGCUGCGCGGCCACCUCCGGCAGAGCUACGCCUCCAACGAGCUGGCGAAGAAGCUGUGGCGCACGCUCAAGACGCACCAAGCCGACGGCACCGCUUCUAGAACCUUCGGGUCUCUCGACCCGGUUCAGGUAACCAUGAUGGCGAAGCACCUCGACACGAUCUACGUGUCGGGGUGGCAGUGCUCGUCCACCCACACGAGCACGAACGAGCCGGGCCCGGACCUCGCGGACUACCCGUACGACACCGUUCCGAACAAGGUGGAGCACCUCUUCUUCGCGCAGCAGUACCACGACCGGAAGCAGCGGGAGGCGCGGAUGAACAUGAGCCGCGAGGAGCGGGCCCGGACCCCGUUCGUGGACUACCUCAAGCCGAUCAUCGCGGACGGGGACACCGGGUUCGGGGGCGCCACCGCCACCGUCAAGCUGUGCAAGCUCUUCGUGGAGCGCGGCGCCGCCGGGGUGCACAUCGAGGACCAGUCCUCGGUCACCAAGAAGUGCGGCCACAUGGCCGGGAAGGUGCUGGUGGCGGUGAGCGAGCACAUCAACCGGCUCGUGGCGGCGCGGCUGCAGUUCGACGUGAUGGGGGUGGAGACGGUGCUCGUGGCGCGGACCGACGCCGUCGCGGCGACGCUGAUCCAGACCAAUGUGGACACCAGGGACCACCAGUUCAUCCUCGGGGCCACCAACCCGGCCCUCCGCGGGAAGGCGCUGGCCACCGUGAUGUCGGAGGCGAUGGCGGCCGGGAAGACGGGGCCGGAGCUGCAGGCCAUUGAGGACAACUGGCUGGCGAUGGCGAGGCUGAAGACGUUCUUCGACUGCGUGGUGGACGCGAUCAACGCCAUGAAUAUCGGCGAAUCUGAGAAGCAGAGGAAGUUGAAUGAGUGGAUGAACCACUCUAGCUAUGACAAGUGCCUCCCCAACGAGCAGGGCCGCGAGAUUGCGGCCCGUCUCGGCUUGGGGAAUCUUUUCUGGGACUGGGAUCUGCCUAGGACCAGAGAAGGAUUCUAUAGAUUUAAGGGCUCGGUGUAUGCGGCCAUUGUCCGUGGCUGGGCAUUUGCCCCGCACGCAGACUUGAUCUGGAUGGAGACAUCAAGUCCAGAUCUGGUUGAGUGCACGGAGUUUGCGCGUGGAGUGAAGGCGAGGCAGCCGGAAACUAUGUUGGCCUACAAUCUGUCGCCGUCUUUCAAUUGGGACGCGUCGGGCAUGACGGACGAGCAGAUGGUGGACUUCAUCCCGAAAAUCGCCAAGCUAGGGUAUUGUUGGCAGUUCAUUACUCUCGCCGGUUUCCACGCCAAUGCCCUAAUCGUCGACACCUUCGCUAAGGAUUUCGCGCGUCGGGGGAUGCUAGCGUACGUCGAGAAAAUCCAAAGGGAGGAGCGGAAACACGGUGUCGACACACUUGCUCAUCAGAAGUGGUCUGGAGCAAACUACUACGAUAGGGUGCUCCGCACCGUGCAGGGAGGGAUUACCUCGACUGCGGCCAUGGGAAAAGGAGUGACGGAGGAGCAGUUUCAGGAGACUUGGACUAGGUCCGGAGCAACGAGUGUCUCUACUGAUGGCAGUGUCGUAAUAGCAAAAUCGAGGAUGUAAGGAUGCGAAAUGAGACAAGGGAAAGCUCGAAGAAAUACUCUCCAUCGAUUGUGGGAUUGAAUGGAAUAAAAUGUUUUCAAUUUUGUGAUAUGGUUUAUAUUUAUAUUGUUGGUUAAGUGGCUUUGGCGGGCAAAUAUUGGGCCCUCUCUUUAUUUAUGUAGUGAUAGUAUUUGUAUGCGUAAUCAACAUUUCCAUACCAUAAGGGAAAAAAUAUGUGUUGAUUUUCUUUCAUAAUCUAUGGUUCUUGGCUGUAUUAUUCUUGUAUUGUAACGUUGUGAAGAUCGAAUUCUUCAAUAUUAUAAGAUAUAUUUAUUUUCUUUAA